AUGAUAAGUAUUCAUCUGCCACGUGACCUACCAUUCUUUCCUUUUUUGACCGCUUUUUGUUUGUUUCUUAAUCUGUUCACAUCUGCCUGUUUAUUUUCUUAUUUCCUAUUUUAUCUAUCUAUCUAUCUAUCUAUCUAUCUAUCUAUCUAUCUAUCUAUCUAUCUAUCUGACGCAACCAAUUCAUAUCUAUCUAUCUAUCUAUCUAUCUAUCUAUCUAUCUAUCUAUCUAUCUAUCUAUCUAUCUAUCUAUCUAUCAGGCAGGGCAUGUCUAUCUACCUACCUAUUUCUUUCUCCCCUCCCCAUCUAUCUAUCUAUCUAUCUAUCUAUCUAUCUAUCUAUCUAUCUAUCUAUCUAUCUAUCUAUCUAUCUGACUUAUUGAAGUGCAACCAAUUCAUAUCUAUCUAUCUAUCUAUCUAUCUAUCUAUCUAUCUAUCUAUCUAUCAGACAGGUCAUGUCUACCUACCUACGUCUCUCUCCCCUCCCUCCCCCCUCUCUCUAUCUAUCUAUCUAUCUGACUUUUUAGUGCAACUAAUUCAUAUCUAUCUAUCUAUGUAUCUAUCUAUCUAUCUAUCUAUCUAUCUAUCUAUCUAUCUAUCUAUCUAUCAGGCAGGUCAUGUCUACCUACCUACGUAUUUCUCUCUCCCCUCUCCCUCCCUCCCCCUCUAUCUAUCUAUCUAUCUAUCUAUCUAUCUAUCUAUCUAUCUAUCUAUCUAUCUAUCUAUCUAUCUAUCUGACUUAUUGAAGCAACCAAUUCAUAUCUAUCUAUCUAUCUAUCUAUCUAUCUAUCUAUCUAUCUAUCUAUCAGGCAGGUCAUGUCUACCUACCUACGUAUUUCUCUCUCCCCUCUCCCUCCCUCCCCCUCUCUCUCUAUCUAUCUAUCUAUCUGACUUAUUGCAACUAAUUCAUAUCUAUCUAUCUAUCUAUCUAUCUAUCUAUCUAUCUAUCUAUCUAUCUAUCUAUCAAGCAGGUCAUGUCUACCUACCUACGUAUUUCUCUCUCCCCUCUCCCUCCCUCCCCCCUCUCUAUCUAUCUAUCUAUCUGACUUAUUGUAGUGUGCGUCUGCAACUAAUUCAUAUCUAUCUAUCUAUCUAUCUAUCUAUCUAUCUAUCUAUCUAUCUAUCUAUCUAUCAGACAGGUCAUGUCUACCUACCUACGUAUUUCUCUCUCCCCUCUCCCUCCCUCCCCCUCUCUCUCUAUCUAUCUAUCUAUCUGACUUAUUGUAGUGCAACUAAUUCAUAUCUAUCUAUCUAUCUAUCUAUCUAUCUAUCUAUCUAUCUAUCUAUCUAUCUAUCUAUCUAUCUAUCUAUCAGGCAGGUCAUGUCUACCUACCUACGUAUUUCUCUCUCCCUCCCCUCCCUCCCCUCUCUAUCUAUCUAUCUAUCUAUCUAUCUAUCUAUCUAUCUAUCUAUCUAUCUAUCUAUCUAUCUAUCUGACUUAUUGAAGUGUGCGCAACCAAUUCAUAUCUAUCUAUCUAUCUAUCUAUCUAUCUAUCUAUCUAUCUAUCUAUCUAUCUAUCUAUCAGGCAGGUCAUGUCUACCUACCUACGUAUUUCUCUCCCCCUCCCUCCCUCCCCUCUCUCUCUAUCUAUCUAUCUAUCUGACUUAUUGUAGUGCAACUAAUUCAUAUCUAUCUAUCUAUCUAUCUAUCUAUCUAUCUAUCUAUCUAUCUAUCUAUCUAUCAAGCAGGUCAUGUCUACCUACCUACGUAUUUCUCUCUCCCCUCCCCCUCCCCCCCCCUCUAUCUAUCUAUCUAUCUGACUUAUUGAAGUGCAACCAAUUCAUAUCUAUCUAUCUAUCUAUCUAUCUAUCUAUCUAUCUAUCUAUCAUUAUCCAUCACUCUCAAUCUCUUCUCUGCAGUCACAUCCAAUCCCUACCUGCCAUCUCUCUCAGUCUCUAUUCUGCCAAAACCGUCAAUCUCUACUCGGACAUCAUUAUCAAUCCCUACUUGACCAUCACUCUCAAUCCUUACUCGGAAUCCAUUCUCAAUACCUAUUUUGCCAUCACUCUCAAUCCUUACUCGGAAUCCAUUCUCAAUACCUAUUUUGCCAUCACUCUCAAUCCUUACUCGGAAUCCAUUCUCAAUACCUAUUUUGCCAUCACUCUCAAUCCUUACUCGGAAUCCAUUCUCAAUACCUAUUUUGCCAUCACUCUCAAUCCUUACUCGGAAUCCAUUCUCAAUACCUAUUUUGCCAUCACUCUCAAUCCUUACUAUGUUGUUACUCACAAUCCUUACACUGCCACCACUCUCAAUCACUACUCGCAUAUCAUUAUCAAUCGCUACUGGGCCAUCACUCUCAAUCCUAACUCGGACGUCAUUCUCAAUCCCUAUAUUGCUAUCAUUCUCAAUCGUUACUCGGUUAUCACUCACAAUCCUUUCUCUGCCACAAUUCUCAAUCUCUACUCGAACAUCAUUAUCAAUCCCUACUUGGCCAUCAAUCUCAAUCCUUACUCGGACGCCAUUCUCAAACCCUAUAUUGCCAUCACACCCCAUCCUUACACUCUUGUCACUCACAUUCCUUACUCUGCCACAAUUCUCAAUCUCUACUCGGAAAUCAUUAUCAAUCCCUACUUGGCCAUCACUCUCAAUUCUUACUCGGAAUCCAUUCUCAAUACCUAUUUUGCCAUCAUCUAA